GAAAUGAGCUCAUUACAAUCACUGUUUUCUCUUUAUAAGCAAAAGUGCGUCACGAAAUAUCAAAGAGGUAUCGCUAAAGUUACCGACACGGAGGUUGAUAAGUGGGCUGAAGAAUCGGUAAACGUUGAAAGGGGAGAACCUUCGGUCCGCAGAUCGCCUCGACCAAUGAAACGCGUUAACUACGCCGAAGAUGAUUCAGACGAAGAGAGGAAUAUGAGGAGAGUAAAUGGUACUGCUCAUUCGCCAUCGACGGAAUAUCCACAACCUAGAACCCCACCACAAGCUCCUCGGGAUUUAACUCCAUUGAAAACAACUCCGAAUAAGCGACCGCGUAAUAACGAGGAAAUUCAGCACUCUACAAUGGACCGAAAUAUUGGCGAACGGAAAUUUAUUACAUAUCAAAUCUCAUCAAUGUUAAAAUUUUAUGAGAGGACGUUUUUGAAUCUUAACUUCGAUUGGAUUGAAAGCCAUGCAUCUUCGGCAAAAAUAACAAAAUCCGCAACAAAUUCAGGCAUAGUUAAAGUAGAUUCCAAGGCACUCGGUAUUUAG